AUGGGCGAUCUCCCAUGUAAGAGUGAGGUGGAGGAGGACAUUCCAGGAGAUGUCACCACAGAAAAUCACAAAAAUUUGAAUGGAAAUGUUAUAUUAUCACUACAUUUUAAAGCAGAAGCUGAAGAUACCAGGCCGUGCUCUGCCGGAGAAAAUAUAAUUACCCUAAAUGUAAAAACAGGACUUCACAGUACAGAUCUAUCAUAUAAUCCCUCUAAUCAUAAGGAACCCUCUCCUGACCAAUCACAGAUUGUUACUAUAAGUACCGGGCAGAAAGGAAGUGAAAGGUUUCAGUGUGGUAAAGAGUUCAGGAAAAGAUCAAGACUUUCUACACACAGAAGAAGUUAUACAGGAGAGAAGCCAUACUCCUGUUCAGAAUGUGGGAAGCGCUUUACAAAUAAAUCAAAUCUUCUUACACAUCAGAUAAUUCACACAGGAGAGAAACCAUAUUCAUGUUCAGAAUGUUUGAAGCGCUUCACAGUGAAAUCAAGUCUUGUUAGACAUGAGAGAAUUCACACAGGAGAGAAGCCAUAUUCAUGUUCAGAAUGUGAGAAAUGUUUUACACAAAUAUCACAUCUUGCUACACAUAAGAGAUGUCACACAGGAGAGAAGCUAUAUUCAUGUUCAGAAUGUGAGAAAUGUUUUAGAUAUAAAUCAGAUUUAGUUAGACAUGAGAGAAUUCACACAGGAGAGAAGCUAUUUUCAUGUUUGGAAUGUGGAAAAUAUUUUACAGAUAAAUCAUAUUUUCUUAGACAUGAGAGAAUUCACACAGGAGAAAAGCCAUAUUCAUGUUCAGAAUGUGAAAAAUGUUUUUCGCAUAAAUCAGAUUUCAUUAAACAUGUGAGAAUUCACACAGGAGAGAAGCCAUAUUCAUGUUCUGAGUGUGAAAAAUGUUUCACAGAUAAAUCAGAUUUUGUUAGACAUAAGAGAAUUCACACAGGAGAGAGGCCGUAUUCAUGUUCAGAAUGUGGGAAAUGUUUUACCAAAAAAUCACAUCUUGUCACACAUAAGAGAAUUCACACAGGAGAGAAGCCGUAUUCAUGCUCAGAAUGUGGGAAAUGUUUUACCCAGAAGUCAUGUCUUGUUAGACAUGAGAGAUGUCACACAGGACAGAAGCCAUUUUCGUGCUCAGAGUGUGAGAAAUGCUUUACUACUAAAGAGAAACUUAAUAAGCAUCAGAGAAUUCACACAGGAGAAAAGCUGUUUUGAUGGAGGAGAAACUUUUGGCUUUAAACAUCGAUUUAAAAUAAUAUUUUUAAAUAUAGGAAAUGUUAUCAGAUCGAAAAAAAAAUUAAACCAGUGCUAUUCACAGACUAGUCAUGCAGCUUUUUUAGCUGUUAAAAAGCAGCUAAACUGGAAAAGUCACAGUCAAGUUGCAGUGGCACAUGACUUGCAUAGCGUUCUGUGGUGGCAAAUCUGCAUAUUACCUGGCAACCAAAUAUCCAAGUGUUGGAUUUUUUUUUUUGACUGUCGCAGGAUAUUGGAUAUCGCAUUGUGAUUCUAUUUCUCUGAGGUCAAUUGUGACUGAGAUCCAAAUAUUGUGGAUAUAAGGAAGAGAAGAAGAACCUUGUUUACUCCCAAAGCAGAGAAGAUAAAUUGUCCCCAUGAACCUUGCUUCUUAUCACUGUAUUCACACCUCCACUCACACUGCGGGAGAGUCCAGAGUGACAUGGGGAGAAGUAACGACGCUCCAUGUAAUAGUUUUAUAACGUAUGUGGACAUAUUAAUAUUUCAUCUUCAUUCAAACAGUUUUUACAGAUAAAAUAAAGUCUUGUAUUUGCUCCACGACAGCGUCACCAUUGUCACUGACAGACAUUGUCUUCUUGGCUCAUAUUAUACUUUCUCCUAGCGCUGUGACCUUCAUUGCUCCUACAGACUAACCCUCCUGUGCGGAGACAGUGAUAUUGGUGGCAUGAUGACUAUAUCACAGAUUUAUCUGACCGUGUGAUCUGU